AUGGUUACGACGUCGAUCAAGCUGCAAAAGCGUCUCGCGGCAGCUGUUGCCGGGGUUGGUAAGAAGAAAAUAUGGGCUGACCCGGCAGAGAUCGAGAAAAUCGCUCUUGCGAACUCACGCCAGUCCGUGAGGAAGCUGCUACGGGAUGGCGUCCUUGUCCGCAAGCCGCCAGCAAUGCACUCGCGUGCGCGUGUACGUGAGCGCCUUGAGGCGAAGCGCAAAGGUCGCCACACAGGACCAGGUAAGCGGAAGGGUACAAGGGACGCACGCUUGCCCCAGCGCGUCGUUUGGAUGCGGCGGCAGCGCGUUCUACGACGUUUGCUGCGCAAAUAUCGCGCGCAGGGUAAAAUCGAUAAACACCUCUACCAUGAGCUUUAUCUCAGGUGCAAAGGCAACGUCUUCAAAAACAAGCGAGUGCUUAUGGAGCACAUACACCGGGCUAAAGCAGAGAAAGCACGUGAGAAGGCCAUUUCUGAGCAGCUGGAAGCGCGCCGUAUGAAGAACAAACUCCUUCGCGAACGUCGAGCAAAUCGCGCGGAGGAACGCCGGUUGAAGGAAGCAGGCAUUUCAAUGGAAACUACUGAGCGAGAGGGUGAGACUGCGAGCAGGUCUCGGCGCCGACGUGGCCGCCGCGACGAAGCACUUGCCGCUGAUAGCUGA